CCAUUCAACCAUGAACCACCAACCGGGCAACUUCAUCCCCCGUCCAGUGCGCGUUUCCCAGCUCGGUCACCUCCGCAAUGGCGACGGCUCGAACCCAUCCCAGCGACGAAAGGUCACCGCAUGGGCCGUCCUGCGGGAAACCUUCUACGAUUACGCGCUGAUGACCAAGGUGAACGGGAUGUACUACAUGCGGCGGAACGUGACCACCGGAUUCGCGCGGUUCGUGUGGGUUACCAUUUUGAGCACGCUGUUCAGUUUGGGAGUGCUUCUGGUGGUUCUGCUGUGGAAAAAGUAUCUGGACUCGCCGACGCGGAUGACCAUCGCUUCCGAUAUGAGCAUUUUGCAGGUUCCGUUUCCGGGCAUUACGAUCUGCCAUCCGCAGAGUGUGCUGGACUACAAGGCGGUGAAGUUUGUUGAAAAAAUCAAGUUUCCACUAGGAGCUACCAAAGCCAAUGUCCUGGAAUCUCUACCUUCUCUGGGUUACUUCAACGAGCACCAGUGGACCUUUCCUCGAUCUCAGAACCUCAAGAUGAUAGACAACGUUCUAACCUUGAACAACCUGACCGUGGAGGACGCCAUCAACGAAUUGGGUUCGAUUUGCGAAGACUUCAUCGUGGUUUGCUACUGGGCUGGGACGAAGUUCCCGUGCUUCCAGAACAACCCAUUCCUGAGCUGGAUUGGAUCAACUAGUCACUACGGAGCUUGCUGUUCUUUCAACUACCAUCCAAGUGUUCAGGGUUCGUUUGUACCCUUCGCCGUCAACACCUACGGCAUCCACGGUGGACUAAGCGUGGUAGCGACUGGAUUUCCACAGGCGUCCGACGGGAAGUCCGGAGCGCUGUACUCCGAAGGAUUCAUGCUCAUGAUCCACCACCCGCACGACUACGCCGUCGAGGCCGCCCCCUUGACCCUGCUCCGGCUGGGAACGGAGACCUUCGUGAGUGUAACCCCGACGGAUUCGCGCUGUUCCGAACAGGUGCUGGGCCUGCCACCGUCGCAGCGAUCCUGCGUCACAGGGAAGGACUUCAGCCCACCCAUCGAGAACUACCGUCAGCCGGCGUGCACGCUCGAGUGUGUUCGGAACGAGGUUCACCGGAAGUGCGGCUGCCAUCCGUACCACUUGCCCCGGCAGUCGCAGCAGCCGACCAAAGCGGGGAAACCGAUGCGGGAUUGUACGGUGACGGAUUCGAUGUGCUUGAUUGAGAAUUAUUAUAUGUUCAAAAAGACCGACUGCAAGUGCCUGCCGUCCUGCAGUGAUGUAACCUACAAAACGUCCACGGUUGUUACGGAUUUUUCAGCGCACAACUAUUCCAUCAACAAGUUUUACAAAGAAACUAAUUUGACCAACUUCGAGUUCAUAUUUCACGUUUACUUGGCCAAUCAAGUGGUUGCCGCUAAUCGGCGUAUCGUUGUAGUGUCGUGGAUUAAUCUGUUGGCAAACCUCGGUGGCGUCUUUAGCCUGUGCCUCGGAAUGAGCAUCAUUUCGCUGUUCGAAGUCCUGUUCUACCUAUUCUUUCGAAUUCCACGCAUCCACCAGCAACUCCAGCAACAGCAGAGGGAAAGCGAAGUCAAGGUGGUGGCGGCCUUCACCCGGCUGCAGACAUUCCCCGCCCAAGCACAGCAUCAGUAAUAUUAUGGAUUUUUUUUUG